AUGAAAAGACGAAAAGACGAAAAGAUGAAAAGACGAGAGAAAGAAAAAACAAAAGAAAAGACGAAAAGACUAAAGACGAAGAAGAGAAGGCGCAAGAUGAAAGACGAUAAGACGAGAGAAAGAAAAGACAAAGGAAAAGACGAAAAAAAUGAAAAGACGCAAGACGAAAGACGACAAGACGGUAGAAAGAAAAGACAAAGGAAAAGACGAAGAAACGAAAAGACGAAAAGGCGCAAGACGGAGAAGACACGACGACAAGAAAGAGGAAAGAAGAAGGAAGACGACAUUCAAAUCUCGAAGGCGUUAAGAAUCCGAAAGACAUCGAGUGUGCAACUACAAGGUGGCGCAGCGACGUCAGAAAUACAUUGGCAAGACUAUGAAUGCGUCGGUAACGUCAACAUCGAGAAGACAGUGACAAUACGACGCGGGUGA